GCCCCACAGUUCUGGCCGCUGUCCCGGUGCGCACGGACGUGGCUCGAGUUUCCUCCGUUCUCUGCUCUCUCUCGCUCUCCCCCCUCCCGCUCUUCCUCUUCUCCGAGUCUCCAGCUCCAGCUCCAGCUCCACCCGGCCGGCCCCGCACGGCUCCGGGUAGCCAUGGAGGACACCCAGCUCCAUAUCAUCGAGCAGCCGCUUCCCGGGUACCCCGACGCCGGGGACCCGGGGUCCUCCCCCGUGGGGGCGCCAGCGGCGGAGGAGCCGUCGGGGGCCGGCUCUGAGGAGCUGAUCAAGUCCGACCAGGUGAAUGGCGUGCUGGUGCUGAGCCUUCUGGACAAAAUCAUCGGCGCCGUCGACCAGAUCCAGCUGACCCAAGCCCAGCUGGAGGAGCGGCAGGCAGAGAUGGAGGGUGCCGUGCAGAGCAUCCAGGGCGAGCUGAGCAAGCUGGGCAAGGCACACGCCACCACCAGCAACACCGUGAGCAAGUUGCUGGAGAAGGUGCGCAAGGUCAGCGUCAACGUGAAGACCGUGCGCGGCAGCCUGGAGCGCCAGGCCGGCCAAAUCAAGAAGCUGGAGGUCAAUGAGGCCGAGCUGCUGCGGCGCCGCAACUUUAAAGUCAUGAUCUAUCAGGAUGAAGUGAAACUGCCGUCCAAAGUGAGCAUCAGCAAGUCGCUGAAAGAGUCUGAGGCACUGCCCGAGAAGGAGGGCGACGAGCUGGGCGAGGGCGAGCGGCCCGAGGAGGACGCGGGGGCGCUCGAGCUGUCAUCGGACGAGGCGGUGGAGGUGGAGGAGGUCAUCGAGGAGUCGCGCGCCGAGCGCAUCAAGCGCAGCGGCCUGCGGCGAGUGGACGACUUCAAGAAGGCCUUCUCCAAGGAGAAGAUGGAGAAGACCAAGGUGCGCACCCGCGAGAACCUGGAGAAGACCCGCCUCAAGACCAAGGAGAACCUGGAGAAGACGCGGCACACGCUGGAGAAGCGCAUGAACAAGCUGGGCACGCGCCUAGUCCCCGCAGAGCGGCGCGAGAAGCUCAAGAGCUCGCGAGACAAGCUGCGCAAGUCCUUCACGCCCGACCACGUGGUCUACGCGCGCUCCAAGACGGCAGUCUACAAGGUGCCACCCUUCACCUUCCACGUCAAGAAGAUCCGCGAGGGCGAGGUGGAGGUGCUCAAGGCCACCGAGAUGGUGGAGGUGGCCCCCGACGACGAGGAGGGCGGCGCGGAGCGCGGCGAGGCCGCCGACCUGCUGCGCGGGAGCAGCCCCGACGUGCACACGCUGCUGGAGAUCACCGAGGAGUCGGACGCCGUGCUGGUGGACAAGAGCGACAGCGACUGAGCGGGACGCAGGGCCCGCCCCGCCUCUCCCUGCCCCCGCCCCAGAUUCCUUUGCCUCUCCAGACUUUCUCUUUUGCCUUCUCUCUCGGCCCCAGAAGGGCUGAGAUGUUUCUAAACUGAGAACACACACCGUCGCCCCCCACCCCCAGCACCCCUCCAAGUCUUACAGCUGUUAAGACGGGAUGGGGAGGCAGCUUCCACAAUGGACAGACCCAAUUUGGGCACAGUCUGGGUGGAAAUGGAGAGGGGAGUGAUCUGUGUCCUGGUUGUCCAAGUUGGGGAUCCUAGAAGAAAUUGCUGUCAUUUCCAUGGUUGGGCCCCCCUUGGGGCAGGCUGCCUUCCCCCCAGUCUCCCCGUUACACUCACCCAGCUGCUGUCAUUCCUACUCACUGAGCUCUUUUUUCUCAUCCUGAUCCCCGGAAGCUUCAAGGCCAAAAUUACCCUUGCCCACAUGGGAGGCCGCAUACUGGAAGCACUCGGAAGCGGUUUUUGGGAGAACCUGAGGCAAUGGCGGAGAGAGGGCAGAGUGAGCCGUGACCCUGGAUGAGGGUGUAGCACAGGCUGUAUUUGCAAAAGGUCUCAACAAGGACGGCUGGAGCCAAGCAGAGCCCUGGGGAAAGGGGAGGGGGCGCAGCACGAUGAUGAAUACAUACGUGUGGGAGGAAGGGUACACUUCAAUGUUCAUGUAACUGCACACAGGAGCUCAUGGCCAUGGCUUUGGGAAGGAGAACGGGAAAUAGUAGAAGGUGGAAAUGGGUGAAGAGAGGAGAAUUCUCCUCAUUAGCAGCAAGAGAAACAGGACAAGAAUCCUGUCUUACUGGGGUUCUCAGAGGACAGCAGGACCAUUUUCAGGAUAAGGAGGGAGGACAGUGUGAGAAAGCGAUGAUCCAAAGAGAAGAGAGAGGUAAAGCUCCCCUCCUUCAACUGAGAUCUGGACGGUGGCUGCCCCUAGGGACACCCCAUUUCUCAAAGCCCAGAUACUUAGGGGCCCAGAAGGGGGCAGCACCAGGCUGCGGAGAGCUGAGAAUUAGGAGGAAGACUGACUGGAAAGAGAGCAAGGUGUUAAUGGCCAGGCCACCAAGCUGAGAGCUGGAGGGGAGGGGAGGAGAGUAUAGUAUGCCUGUGUAGAGAGCAACGCAGCCUUGGCUCACUCUUGGCAGUUUUUUUCUCAAGCUCUUUCCCUAGAGCUAGUGUCAGGAAGCAGAAGAACUUGCCGAGACCUCCUGCCCUUGUGGGUUCCUCUCCUGAAUCUUUGGGGGCUGCGCACAGUCUGAAGGCCUGAUCUGUAGUCCACUGACCAGGUUCUCCUAAGGACACUUCAGUCCCUCUGUUCCUCGCUAGUAAAGGCGGCUUGUCAGAAGCAAGGCCAACUCCCCCACCCCCACCCCAUUCGCAGCCGAAAGAGGAAGGCUGCGGCCUUCUUUUUUCUCCCCCCACCUCUGCCUCAUCUUCCCUGCUCUGCUUUUUAGAAUUGCAGCUAAUUAUUUUAAGGGGUGGAGGGAGGGAGCCUGGGGACACAAACCUUUUUUACAAUACAAAGCUUUGCACUCCCCCCUCCCCUUUUCUUGGUUCCCUUCUCUCUUCUGAAUGGUUGGAGACACAUCAGCUGAGGGAGGAUGGGGAUUGUGGGACGAGGUCCCUUGGUGCUGAUGGGCUGAAGGGGCCUGAGUUGUGGGCAGAUACAGUUUCCUGUGGGCUCUGGGGAGCCUCUCACGUUGCUGUGUCCUGGUGAGCAGCCCGACCAAUAAACCUGCUUUUCUAAAAGGA